GGAAGGGAAAAUAAAAUAAAAAAAAAUAUAGAGCCGGGAAAAAAGGAAAAAAUAUAAAAUAAUAAUAAAAAAAACCCAACAACAAGAAGCCGCGUCGCGAACCCCCGGCGGGGGCGGAUGGUGCUGCCGUGAGCGGGGCGGGCCGGGCCGCGCCGGGCCGGCGGGAUGAAGCGGCGGAGCGCGGACUGCAGCAAACUGCGGCGGCCGCUCAAGCGGAACCGCAUCACCGAGGGCAUCUACGGCAGUACUUUCCUGUACCUGAAGUUCCUGGUGGUGUGGGCACUUGUGCUGUUGGCAGAUUUUGUCCUGGAGUUCAGAUUUGAGUAUCUGUGGCCAUUCUGGCUCUUCAUCAGGAGUGUUUACGAUUCCUUCAGAUACCAGGGUUUGGCCUUCUCAGUAUUUUUCGUUUGUGUAGCAUUCACAUCAAAUAUAAUCUGUCUGCUCUUCAUACCAAUCCAGUGGCUGUUUUUUGCUGCCAGCACCUAUGUUUGGGUACAGUAUGUCUGGCACACAGAGAGGGGGGUGUGCUUGCCAACAGUAUCACUGUGGAUACUUUUUGUUUAUAUUGAAGCAGCCAUUAGAUUUAAAGAUUUAAAAAAUUUCCACGUAGACCUUUGUCGUCCAUUUGCAGCACACUGUAUUGGCUACCCUGUUGUGACUUUGGGCUUUGGCUUUAAAAGUUACGUCAGCUACAAAAUGCGUUUAAGAAAACAGAAAGAGGUGCAGAAGGAGAACGAGUUCUACAUGCAGCUCCUGCAGCAAGCACUGCCCCCAGAGCAGCAGAUGCUGCAAAGGCAAGAGAGGGAGGCAGAGGAAGCAGCCAAAGGAUUAUCCGAUAUGGAUUCCUCAAUACUUCUGCAGCACAAUGGAGGCAUUCCAGCCAAUAAAAAAAUAUCUGCAACGUUGCCAGAGCUAGAAUAUAGAGAAAAAGGGAAAGAAAAGGACAAGGAUGCGAAGAAACACAACCUUGGAAUAAAUAACAAUAUUUUGCAACCUGUAGACUCUAAAAUACAAGAAAUUGAAUAUAUGGAAAACCAUAUCAAUAGUAAAAGAUUAAAUAACGAUCUUGUAGGAAGUACAGAAAACCUCUUAAAAGAGGACUCAUGCACUGCCUCGUCCAAAAAUUACAAAAAUGUCAGUGGAGUUGUGAACUCCUCACCUCGCAGUCACAGUGCAACUAAUGGGAGCAUCCCCUCCUCAUCCACUAAAAAUGAGAAAAAACAGAAAUGUGCCAGCAAGAGCCCGAGCACACAUAAGGACUUAAUGGAAAAUUGUAUUCCUAAUAACCAGCUAAGCAAACCAGAUGCACUGGUAAGGUUGGAACAAGACAUUAAGAAGCUAAAGGCUGACCUGCAGGCCAGCAGGCAGGUGGAGCAGGAGCUGCGCAGUCAGAUCAGUUCCCUGAGCAACACAGAGCGGGGGAUCCGCUCGGAAAUGGGGCAGCUCCGGCAGGAAAACGAGCUGCUGCAGAACAAAUUGCACAACGCUGUACAAAUGAAACAAAAAGACAAACAAAUGAUCAGCCAGUUGGAGAAGAAACUAAAGGCAGAGCAGGAGGCACGAACCUUUGUAGAAAAGCAAUUAAUGGAAGAGAAGAAAAGGAAGAAGUUGGAAGAAGCAACUGCUGCACGAGCUGUGGCCUUUGCUGCUGCCACGAGGGGAGAGUGCACUGAAACUCUACGGAAUCGUAUCCGGGAGCUGGAGACAGAGUGCAAGAAGUUAACAAUUGACAUAAAGCUGAAAGAAGAUCAGAUACGAGAGCUAGAAAUGAAAGUUCAGGAGCUGAGGAAGUACAAGGAAAACGAGAAGGAUACGGAGGUGUUAAUGUCAGCACUUUCAGCCAUGCAGGAUAAAACACAGCACUUAGAGAACAGCCUGAGUGCAGAGACCAGGAUCAAGCUGGAUCUGUUCUCUGCAUUAGGAGAUGCAAAAAGGCAGCUUGAGAUUGCCCAAGGGCAAAUCAUUCAAAAAGAUCAGGAAAUCAAGGACCUAAAACAGAAGAUUGCAGAAGUUAUGGCAGUAAUGCCCAGCAUAACAUACACUGCAGCCACCAGCACUCUGAGUCCUGUUUCCCCACAUUACUCUUCCAAAUUUGUGGAGACCAGCCCUUCUGGACUCGACCCCAAUGCCUCUGUUUAUCAGCCCUUGAAGAAAUGAAUGCCAAUUUUUCUUUUUUGCCCAGUAAUUUUUUUUGUCAUGCUGAAGGCAUCACACAGGAGUGUCUCUUGCAGUCAAGAUGAAAUUGUAUUGUGUGAGACUGUAUUUGUUGUCAUUUAAAACAGGAUAAAAGAACAUCUGGAUUGACUAGAACUGCCCAUCAGUUUUUCUUGUAAAUUUUUAGAAAACCUCACAGAACUUUGCAAUUUAUUUUCCUUGGCCAAUGCAUUAAAAACAAUUCUUGGUUUUCAAGUAGCCAAUUUUGCCUUUUUAUGUACUCUUGCAUGGUUUCCUCUUGAAAAAAAUACAGGGCUUUGCUUGAUUUUGAACCCUUUCUUCUUUUUUUUUUUUUUUUUUUUUUGUUUAAUAAUCAAAAACAAAUUUGCAGAUUCGUUCAGAAAUAGUGAGGGAAAAAAAAAAUCUUUAGUUUUUACAGUGAAAGGGUUAAACAAUCCAACAAAGCUUUGAUUUAUAGAUGUAUUAAAUGCAAAUACGUGAUGUUGCAGAAGAUAAUUUGAUUUUACCCCCCUCAAAGGACCAAACAAAUUUCAGGGGCGUUGUUUAAGGGGAAGAGUAAGAGAAUAGAUGAUGAUGUGACGGUGGUUGUUGUGUGAAAUAUUUAUAUUCCCAUUGGUGUUUUUAGUCAUUGAGAAUUGCUAACAGUCUUGUUCACAGUGCCUUGGGAAAAGACAUUUCAAGAGGAAACUUGAUAGUUUAAACUAUUUUUUCCCCCUUCACUGUCAUCUAUCUUAUAUAUCAAGCUCAUUACAGAGUCUACUGCAAAUUGUACAUGGUAAUUUGGAUGUUCAUUAUAAACCAAGGUUACAUCUUCUGUUUAUUUUGAUAUAAACUCAGCAGUGUUCUGUAACUUGCCUUGAUUAUUCUGCAUCGUGGAAGGCACAAUAUUAAUCCAGAAUUAACGUGAAGGUGGAGCUGUGCAAUGUACUGUAUACAAGAGACUGUAAAGCUGGCUAAUAAAACCUGCAGUUCUGGUUUUUUUUUUUUAUUUUAUUCCACUGUGAUUUACACUUUAUAUCACCUUGUGUUUGACAGUUUAAAAGGAGCUGAAUGUUUUUCAGCUGUCGUGCCAAGGAGUUGUUGUUUUGGGUUUUUUGUUUGUUUUGUUUGUUUUUUUUUUUCCUAGUGAGUUUUGAAGGAAACUCAUAAAUUGCACAAAGGUUUAAGUUAAAAAAAAAAUGUAUAUUAUACGUUGAUAGAAAGUGUUUGCACUGGCAACUUCUGAAGUGUUUCAGAGCUUUGGAGGGUGGGGUGGGGGAUUGGAGGGGUGGGGAACCCAAAUUGUGUGGGGAGACCAGCAGAAAAAAAACAAACCCAACAUUAGGAUUUUGCAAACAUGCGGUGGACUCUGGAAGGACAAAGUUCUUCUGAGAAGAAAAGAUUUUAAUUUUAUUUUUUUUUAAAUUAUGGUGUUAAUUGGCAUGUUGCCUCGUGGGGGAAAACAAACAAAAAAAAGAAGUAGGACAAGCAAGUCAAUAGAAGUAUUAAAGCUACAUCCUUUUAAUCACAGAUAAUUCCUUUGGGAUACAAUUUCUAGCUUUAGCCAGGUGUGCAUGUUGCUGUCAUUUGCAUUUUUGAAUCAUCUUGUGUAAUUGUCACCAUGAAAGUGUUACUCAGAAAUGUCAUAGGUUUUCCAUCUUUGUGCAAAACAUGAAAUAUUGUCACUGACUUUUUGUGUUGAGGUUCCCCCAUUUUGCUGCCCACUUGGGCACAGUUUUCGUUCAAUACUUGGUCUUGGCUGCAUUCUUUUUUUUCUGUGGGGUUUACAAAGAAUAAACAUUUUCUUGCAGAUAAAAA